AUGAGUCCGGCCGCUUUCCAACUCUGGAGGGAUUAUUUCCAGCUGGCCAAGUUGGUGGAAGAGAUGAACCGAUACGGCCCCUCCGAAGAAGAGUCCGGACCGCAGGCGGCGGAAUUGUCGCCGGAGCGGCAGCAGGAGCGCCAACUUUUCCCGCGGCGGCGGCGGCAGCAGCAGCAGCAGCAGCGGCGGCAACAGCUCGUGGACGAGUCUCCCUCGGCCGCGCGUGGGCGGGAUGAAUUCAGCUGUUCUUUCUGCAAGCAGAACGGGGAAUCGCGCUCCAUCUACAGCUCGCAUCGGCUGAAGGACGAGGCCGGCCGCGUGCAGUGCCCCAUUCUGAGAAAAUACAAGUGUCCUCAGUGCGGAGCUUCGGAGGACUUUGCACACACGAGGCGGUUUUGCCCUUUAACCAAGGAGGGUUACAUAUCUGUCUACACGAGCUUCAUCAGGAACUCUGCUGGGAAGAGGAAAAAAAAGCCGGUGGUUACCCAAAAGAUGAUGCUGGGUUAUAGUGAAACGAUUUACUGUGGCGUAGUUAACAAAUUGGAUCUGAGUGAAGUUUUUGUGGGAAUCCCGAUACACGAGAACAACAGGCCCAGCAAUAAGAGGCAAACGAGAAUUCCUGAGUGGGGCAAAACGUGUUUUUAG